AUGCACCUGAACACAACUUCUCCGCUGUACCAGCUGGAAUACCUUAUGGGCCAGUUCCACUUUCAGCCCACUGACUACACGUUGCCUGCAGCCGGGAACAUCUCCAACAGCUCAGCCCCUUGGGCCAGGGUGCCAGACGAGGAAGAUCUGGAUGUGAACACGGAUAUCUACUCCAAAGUCAUGGUCACCAUAAUCUACUUGGUGCUCUUCUUGGUGGGGACAGUCGGGAACUCGAUCACCGCCUACACCCUGGUGCAGAAGAAGUCCCUCCAGAAUCUUCAGAGCACCGUUCAUUAUCACCUGGCCAGCCUGGCGUUCUCCGACCUCCUGAUUUUCCUUCUCUGCAUGCCCAUUGAGCUGUACAACUUCAUCUGGGUGCACCACCCCUGGGCUUUCGGCAACGACAUCUGCAAGGGCUACUAUUUCCUGAGGGAUGCCUGCACGUACGCCACUGCCCUCAACAUCGCCAGCCUCAGCAUCGAGAGGUACAUGGCCAUCUGCCACCCCUUCAAAGCCAAGAGCAUCAUGUCCAGGAGCAGGACCAAAAAAUUCAUCAGUUGUAUCUGGGUAGCUUCGUUUCUGCUGGCCAUCCCCAUGAUCUUCACCAUGGGAGAGGUCUACAAGUUUCCCCAAGACCCCGAUUCACUGAUUUGCACCAACACGGUGGACACCUCCACGCUGAAAAUCGUCAUCCAGGUCAACGCAUUCAUCUCCUUUGUUUUCCCAAUGGUCGUUAUCUCUGUCCUGAACACCAUAAUCGCCAACCAGCUCAUCAUCAUGUUCAAGCAAGCCGCACAAGAAAACCAGGUGUGCACGAUCGGAGGGCAGCAGACUAUGCUCAGUAUGUCCAUGGAACCCGGACGUGUACAAGCCUUGAAGCAUGGAGUCUGUGUCCUAAGAGCUGUUGUGAUUGCCUUUGUGGUCUGUUGGCUUCCAUAUCAUGUGCGGAGACUUAUGUAUUGCUAUGUGCCAGAAGAUCAGUGGACAGACUUCCUUUUUGACUUCUACCACUACUUCUAUAUGCUGACGAACAUCCUCUUCUACGUCAGUUCAGCCAUCAAUCCAGUCUUGUACAACCUGGUGUCGGCCAACUUCCGCCAGAUCUUCCUCUCAACACUCAUGUUUGUGUGCCUGCCCUGGAGGAAGAAGAAGAAGAGAACCAAGUUCAACAGGAAGUCCAACAGUAUCUCCAGCAACCAUACCUUUUCCAGCCAAGUCACCAGGGAAACCACAUACUGA